AUGUUCACCGGAAUCGUCGAAGAGAUAGGCACCGUCGCCGAACUCAACCCAUCCGACUCAACAGGCGGCACCUCCCUAACCAUCCACCUCCCACCCACCUCCACCCUCCUCUCCGACGCCCACCUCGGCGAUUCCAUCGCCAUCAACGGCGUCUGUCUCACCGUCACCUCUUUCCACCACCCCUCCAACCCUUCCCCCAACUCCACCGAGAAAGAGAGUAGUAGUGAAGCGGUACCCUCCUUCACAGUAGGCAUAGCCCCCGAAACCCUCCGUCUCACCAACCUGGGCUCUCUCACCACCCUCUCCCGCGUCAACCUCGAACGUGCCGUGCGCGCCGACACCCGUAUGGGCGGGCACUUUGUCCAGGGCCAUGUAGACACCACUGCGACUAUCCUCUCGCGCACGCCGGACGGGAACGCUAUUACUUUUCGGUUCGCCCCCACUGCAUCACUCUCCUCUGGGGAAGGGGAACAGGGAGGGGAAGGGGGGAAAGGGAACAAAGGGAGGGAGAUACUGCGGUAUGUGGUAUACAAAGGGUUCAUUGCGCUGGACGGGGCGAGUUUGACGGUGACGAAAGUGGAUGAUGAGGAAGGGUGGUGGGAGGUGAUGUUGAUUGCGUAUACGCAGGAGAGGAUUGUGACGGCGGCGAAGGAGGUGGGGGAGACGGUCAAUGUGGAGGUGGAUAUGACGGCGAAGUAUGUGGAGAAGAGUUUGAGGGGGUAUUUGGAGGGGUUGAAGGGGGGUGCUGGGGAGGAGGGGGGGUUGUUGAAGAAGGUUUUGGAGGGGGUUAAGGGGGGGAAUUAG